AUGCGUGCUUACAGGACAUCAGAGGGCUACCAGAGCGUGCCCGACGAACAAGGUUCACCAACAUUGGCUGCCAGUCAGCCUCUGUGGGCUCGUACGCAGACCAGUACAGAAAGUUCUGCAGCUGCAGGAGAAUCUUUGGGAGCUGGCGUAGACCCAUCGUCAUUUAAAGGCUAUCAGCCGGUUCAACAACCAUCCCAUCCACCUUAUCCUUCCAGCCCCAUUUUGCAAACGCAAGAUCGCCAAGAUUAUAGAUCAGAUCCUUAUCGCUCAGCUUAUUCUCAACACCAUCACCACCAGUUUCAACAAAGAGGAUCACACUCUCCUUAUCAUGAUUCACCUGCAUCUUUUGAAGAAAUGAAUCAAAUGACUCACAGUUCCAAGUAUUCUCUAAGCAGCACUAACAGUGGAGGAGGAGGAGGCCACAAUGGUAAUGGUGGUCAUCAACAAUAUGAAAUGCGUAGACUUCAUAGUCUAGAACCUGAUCAAACAACCUCGAUACCGGAUCAAUACCCCUUGCCCAAUGCACAUUCGAGUCAGCAGCGGCUCAAGCAAGAGGAGGAAGGCAAGAAUGCUGAUGUCAUCCCAAAAACUUCAUCAGAAACAGGAACUCCAAGUGGUGUCGGCCAAAGUAGUCUUUCUAGUAAAGGCAAAAAGAAACAGUGUUAUAAUUCAGAGGAUUCUGAUGAAGAAGAGGGUCAGGAACGUGGAGCACUUCGACAAAAGGAUUCGAAGCGAUGCUGGUGCUGCUCCAGAAGAACUUGCGUAUACAUUUCAUUUGUGGUUUUGAUAUGUCUGGCCGUAGCAUUGUACUUUGUCGUGCCAAGAUCCCCAAGCUUCAGCUUUGAAUCAGUUACACCUUUAGGUGAUCCUGUUGUGACCAAAAAUCAAAUCCAAGAAUCAUUUUCACUGCAAAUGCGUGUAGAUAGUCAAGUUAACUAUGUGCCUCUGCGAUUCACAUCCCUCGAAAUGGGGGUGUGGAUGAAGAUUGAUCAGACAAAGAUAGGCAAUAAUGAAGGUCUUCCUUCGUCGUUUUUGAUCAGACCUCGGAUAGCUCAGGUGAUCUCUGUGCCCAUGACACUCGAUUAUCGGUCAUUGAAGAUUGACACGAAUGCAGAUGGCACACUCCAGGAACUUUUUACUGCAUGCAAACCUGUGGAUCUGAGUUCAGGCGCUUUGGUGCCCGGUAUCAAUCUAACCAUUGGAGGCAAGAUGUUUAUACGGGGUCUCUCCUGGAUUUGGAAACCACAGUUUAGUUUCAAUGUUGAUAGGGUACCAUGUCCUGUGAAUGCCAGGAAGCAUGUAACAGAGCCAACAUCUCCUUCCUCUGGAUCAGGAGCUGGAGCUGAAACUCCGUCAGGAAGCAAUGGUGGUGCGUCAGAAACUAUGAGCCAGACUACCAAUCCGAGCAUAACACCCUCAAGUAGGUCAUCACAAGCGUCAACACCUGGAAAUACCGCAGGAUCCACAACCACCCUUUCGUCUUGA